CAACGGUCACACUAGCAUGCAGCUAGCCGGCUUUGGAAUUUUAUUCUUUGGCAGAAAUCAUCUCGAGGAACGAGUUUUGUGAUUCCCCUGGCCACGAUGGCGUUCCACUGGUGCGACAACAACCUGCACACCACCGUGUUCACGCCGCGCGACUUCCAGGUGGAACUUCUGGCCGCCGCCUACGAGCGUAACACGAUAAUCUGCCUGGGCCACCGGAGCUCCAAGGAAUUCAUCGCCCUCAAGCUGCUCCAGGAGCUCUCGCGGCGCGGACGUCGACAUGGCCGGGUCAGCAUUUACAUCAGCUGCGAGGUGGGCGGAAGCAAGGAGCCCUGCUCCAUCUACACCAUGCUCACCCACCUGACCGAUCUGCGGGUUUGGCAGGAGCAGCCGGACAUGCAGAUUCCCUUCGACCACUGCUGGAUGGACUACCACGUGUCCAUCUUACGGCCGGAGGGAUUUCUCCAUCUACUCGAGUGUCGCGACUUGCUGCUGAGCAGUGUGGAGCUGAUUGUGCUGGAGGAUUGCCACGACUGUGGGGUUUACCAGAGGGUAAUGCCGCUCUUCGUGGAGCACAUACUGCCGGCCGCUCCGGCGAUCAGACCGCGUAUCCUGGGACUGGCUGGUCCGCUGCACAGUGCCGGCUGUGAGCUGCAGCAGCUGAGCUCCAUGCUGGCCACCCUGGAGCGGAACAUGCUCUGCCGGAUCGAGACGGCCAGCGACAUUGUCACCGUGUUGCGCUACUGUUCCCGCCCGCACGAGUAUAUCGUACAGUGCGCUCCCUUCGAGAUGGACGAGCUGUCCCUGGUGCUGGCCGAUGUCCUAAACACCCACAAGUCCUUCCUCAUGGACCACCGCUACGAUCCUUACGAGAUCUACGGCACUGAUCAGUUUAUGGAGGAGCUAAAGGACAUACCAGAUCCCAAGGUGGACCCGCUGAACGUCAUCAACUCGCUGCUGGCCGUGCUGCACGAGAUGGGUCCUUGGUGCACCCAGCGGGCUGCCCACCACUUCUACCAGAGCAACGAGAAGCUGAAGGUGAAGACGCCGCACGAGCGCCACUACUUGCUCUACUGCCUAGUGAGCACGGCCCUCAUCCAACUGCACUCGCUCUGCGACCAAGCGUUCCAGCGCCACCAGGGAACUGGAGGCGAUUCGCGCCAGACCAUCGAACGCUAUUCCAGCCCGAAGGUGCGACGUCUGCUGCAGACACUGCGAUGCUUUAAGCCCGAAGAGGUGCACACCCAGGCGGACGGAUUGCGCAGGAUGCGCCAUCAGGUGGAUCAGGCGGACUUCAACCGGCUAUCGCACGCGCUGGAGAGCAAGUGCCGGCUGGUGGACCAAUUGGAGCAGCAACCGACGGAAACACGGGCCCUGGUGGCCAAUCUCGAGCAGAUCCUGCACACGUCCGAAGAGAAGCAGCCGUCCAAGAGCGCUGCUCGCAUUGCUCCUGCUUCUGCUCCUGCUCCGCACCAGGCGAAGGCUAAGGCAGGCGGUGGCUCCAGCACGGCACAACCGCGAACCCGCAGGCGAGUGUACACAAGACGCCACCACCGGGACCAGCAUGACGGCAGCGACACGCUCUGUGCACUGAUCUACUGCAACCAUAACCACACGGCACGUGUGCUCUUCGAGCUGCUGGCCGAGAUCAGCAGGCGAGACCCGGAUCUCAAGUUCCUACGCUGCCAGUACACCACAGACCGGGUGGCCGAUCCCACCACGGAGCCCAAGGAGGCCGAGCUGGAGCACCGGCGGCAGGAGGAGGUGCUCAAGCGAUUCCGCAUGCACGACUGCAAUGUACUGAUCGGCACUUCGGUGCUGGAGGAGGGCAUCGAUGUGCCCAAGUGCAAUCUGGUGGUGCGCUGGGAUCCGCCCACAACAUAUCGCAGUUACGUGCAGUGCAAGGGACGAGCCCGAGCAGCUCCCGCCUACCAUGUCAUCCUAGUGGCACCCAGUUUCGAAAGCCCCACUGUGGGUGCAGUGCAGCUGAGUGAACGCAGUCAUCGCUUCAUUUGCGGGUCGUCGGUAACGGGCGAUGCUGUGGAGGCGGACAGCGACUCGGAUGACUCGGCGAUGCCAAGAUCAUAUGGCUCUGAUCCCUACACAUUCGGAACGGCCCGGGGAACGGUGAAGAUCCUCAAUCCCGAGGUCUUCAGCAAACAACCGCCCACGGCGUGCGACAUUAAGCUGCAGGAGAUUCAGGACGAGUCACCGGCCGCAGCGCUGCUGGACACCAGCAACUCCAGCGACGAGGCCGUCAGCGUGAGCAACACCAGUCCUAGUGAGAGCAGUACGGAACGCAAGUCCAGACGCUUCCAGUGCGAGCUGGCCCUCCAAGCCGAGCCAGAGGAUGCCAUAGAAUCGUGUCCCGAAGCCAAAACAGUUGAUCGUUUGGCCAGCACCACGAAGGACCUGGUGCACCAAAUGGCACAGUAUCGCGAGAUCGAGCAGAUGCUGCUGUCCAAGUGCGCCAACACCGAGCCGCCGGAGCAGGAGCAAAGCGAGGCCGAACGCUUCGGUGCCUGCCUGGCUGCCUAUCGACCCAAGCCGCAGCUCCUGACCGGCGCCUCCGUGGAUCUCGGAUCAGCUAUAGCGCUGGUCAACAAGUACUGCGCUCGCCUGCCCAGCGACACCUUCACCAAGCUGACGGCCCUGUGGCGCUGCACCCGCAGCGAGAGAGCGGGAGUGACCCUGUUUCAGUACACACUCCGGCUGCCCAUCAACUCGCCAUUGAAGCACGACAUUGUGGGUCUCCCGAUGCCCACGCAGACGUUGGCACGUCGCCUGGCCGCCUUGCAGGCCUGUGUUGAGCUGCACAGGAUCGGUGAGCUGGACGACCAGCUGCAGCCCAUCGGCAAGGAGGGAUUUCGCGCCCUGGAGCCGGACUGGGAGUGCUUCGAUCUGGAGCCAGAGGACGAGCAGAUUGUGCAGCUCAGCGAUGAGCCUCGGCCGGGAACGACAAAGCGGCGACAGUACUACUACAAACGCAUUGCAUCCGAGUUUUGCGACUGCCGUCCGGUGGCCGGGGCACCCUGCUAUCUGUACUUCAUUCAGCUGACGCUGCAGUGUCCGAUUCCCGAGGAGCAGAACACACGAGGCCGGAAGAUCUAUCCGCCGGAGGAUGCCCAGCAGGGUUUCGGCAUACUCACCAGCAAACGCAUACCCAAGCUGAGCGCCUUCUCGAUAUUCACACGAUCCGGAGAGGUGAAGGUCUCCCUCGAGUUGGCCAAGGAUCGCGUGGUCCUGACCAGCGAGCAGAUUGUCUGCAUCAACGGCUUCCUGAACUACACGUUCACCAAUGUGCUGCGACUGCAGAAGUUCCUCAUGCUCUUCGAUCCUGACUCCACGGAGAACUGUGUGUUCAUUGUGCCCACGGUGAAGACGCCAGCGGGCGGCAAACACAUCGACUGGCAGUUCCUAGAGCUCAUCCAAGCCAAUGGCAACACGAUGCCACGGGCGGUGUCCGAUGAGGAGCGACAGGCGCAGGCGUUCGACGCGCAGCGCUUCCAAGAUGCCGUCGUUAUGCCAUGGUACCGCAACCAGGAUCAACCGCAAUACUUCUACGUGGCCGAAAUCUGUCCACACCUUUCGCCACUCAGCUGUUUUCCCGGCGACAACUACCGCACAUUCAAGCACUACUACCUCGUCAAGUAUGGCCUGACCAUACAGAAUGCCUCGCAACCGCUGCUGGACGUGGACCACACCAGUGCUCGGCUGAACUUCCUCACACCGCGGUACGUGAACCGCAAGGGCGUGGCCCUGCCCACCAGUUCGGAGGAGACGAAGCGGGCCAAGCGCGAGAAUCUCGAGCAGAAGCAAAUCCUGGUGCCGGAGCUGUGCACCGUGCAUCCAUUCCCCGCCUCCUUGUGGCGCACUGCUGUGUGCCUGCCCUGCAUUCUGUACCGCAUCAACGGUCUGCUCCUCGCCGACGAUAUUCGCAAGCAGGUCUCUGCGGAUCUGGGACUGGGCAGGCAGCAAAUCGAGGAGGAGCAGUUCGAGUGGCCCAUGCUGGACUUUGGCUGGAGUCUGUCCGAGGUGCUCAAGAAGUCGCGCGAGUCUAAGCAAAAAGAUUCGGUUAAGGAGGCUUUGGUCAAUGGCAAAGAUUCACUUGAGGAUCAGAAGGAGCCGCCAAAGGAGUCUCAAAUAGAUGAGGAUCCAAAAGCCGAUAAAGUGGAGAAAAGUGCCAUCGAACUCAUAAUAGAGGGCGAACAAAAGCUGCAAGAGGCGGAUGACUUUAUUGAGAUAGGCACCUGGUCCAACGAUAUGGCCGACGACUUAGCUAGCUUCAACCAGGACGACGAGGACGAGGAUGAGGCCUUUCGCCUGCCAGUUCUGCCAGCCAACGUAAAGUUUUGUGAUCAACAAACCCGCUAUGGAUCGCCCACUUUUUGGGACGUGAGCAAUGGAGAGGGUGGCUUCAAGCCGCCAAAGCACAAUCAAAGCACUCAACCCGGUGGCAAGGGCAAAGGAAAGGGUCCGGCAAAGCCCUCCUUCAACUACUAUGACUCGGACAACUCGCUGGGCUCCAGCUAUGACGAUGACGACAACUGCGGGCCGCUCAAUUACAUGCACCACAACUACAGCUCGGAUGACGACGAUGUGGCGGAUGACAUCGAUGCCGGGCGCAUUGCUUUCACCUCCAAGAACGAGGCGGAGACCAUUGAAACCGCCCAGGAAGUGGAGAAGCGACAGAAGCAACUAUCAAUCAUCCAGGCCACGAAUGCCAACGAGCGGCAGUACCAGCAGACAAAGAACCUGCUUAUUGGAUUCAACUUUGAGCAGGUGGAGAAGGAGGACAUGGAGGCACCUCCAACUGGCCGAUACGAACAAUCGAUAGCUAAGCUACAGACGGAGAUCGAAAGCUGCGGCAUGCUGGUGUCCCACGACCAGGAAUUGGUUCUGAAACGAAACAGUGUCGCUGAAACUAAGGACACAAAGGAUUCGAUGAUUAAGCUGCUGAAGCAACUGCUGCCAUACGUGGAGGAGGAGCUGUUGGCCGAAAAGCUGGGUGACAAGCGGGAGCUGUUGCUCUCGGAUUUGGUGGAGCUGAAUGCGGAUUGGGUGGCCUGUCAUGAGCAGGAGACCUACAGCGUCUUGGGCUGCGGAGACAGUUUUGACAACUACAAUGACCAUCAUCGACUGAAUUUGGAUGAAAAACAGCUGAAGCUGCGGUUUGAACGGCAGGAAAUCCAGCCUGCAACUCCCAAGAAGGACAUAUCGUCGUCGAUACUACCAUCGGGCUUUAGCUUCGACCUGCAACCGAAUCUAGUGGGUCAUCCAGGACCCAGUCCCAGCAUCAUCCUGCAGGCCCUUACCAUGUCCAAUGCCAACGAUGGCAUUAAUCUGGAGCGCCUGGAAACCAUUGGUGACUCCUUUCUCAAGUAUGCCAUUACCACCUACCUGUACAUCACCUACGAGAAUGUGCACGAGGGUAAGCUCAGCCAUCUGCGCUCCAAGCAGGUGGCCAAUCUCAAUCUGUAUCGCUUGGGGCGGCGAAAGAGGCUGGGCGAGUACAUGAUAGCCACCAAAUUCGAGCCCCACGACAACUGGCUGCCACCCUGUUACUACGUGCCCAAGGAGCUGGAGAAGGCGCUCAUCGAGGCAAAGAUCCCAACGCACCACUGGAAGCUGGCCGAUCUGCUGGACAUCAAGAACCUAAGCAGUGUCCAGAUCUGUGAGAUGGUCCGCGAAAAAGCGGAGGCCCUGGGUCUGGAGCAGCAUGGAGCUCAGAAUGGAGCUGCCCAGAGUGGUCAACUGGACGACUCCAAUGAUAGCUGCAAUGACUUCAGCUGCUUUAUCCCAUACAACCUGGUCUCGCAGCACAGCAUUCCGGACAAGUCCAUAGCCGAUUGCGUGGAGGCGCUGAUCGGAGCCUAUCUCAUCGAGUGCGGUCCGCGUGGAGCACUACUCUUUAUGGCCUGGCUGGGGGUGCGGGUGCUGCCCUUCACCAGGCAACUGGAGGCGGCAAAUGCGGAGGAGCGAAUACCCGGCAGCACGAGACCAAAUGCCGACAAAAUGGUCACCGUUUAUGGCGCCUGGCCCACGCCACGCAGUCCCCUGCUGCACUAUGCUCCCAAUGCCACGGAGGAACUGGACCAGCUAUUGAGCGGCUUCGAGGAGUUCGAGCAGAGCCUGGGCUACCAGUUCCGGGAUCGUUCCUACCUGCUGCAAGCCAUGACACAUGCCAGCUACACACCCAAUCGACUGACGGACUGCUACCAGCGGUUGGAGUUCCUGGGCGAUGCUGUGCUGGAUUACCUCAUUACACGGCACCUGUACGAGGAUCCUCGCCAGCAUUCUCCAGGCGCUCUAACCGACUUGCGGUCAGCGCUGGUGAACAACACCAUUUUCGCCUCCCUAGCCGUUCGGCAUGGCUUUCACAAGUUCUUCCGACACCUCUCGCCGGGUCUUAACGAUGUGAUCGAUCGUUUUGUGCGAAUCCAGCAGGAGAAUGGUCACAGCAUCAGCGAGGAGUACUACCUGCUGUCAGAGGAGGAGUGCGACGAUGCGGAGGACGUGGAAGUGCCCAAGGCACUGGGCGACGUCUUCGAGUCGAUCGCCGGCGCCAUUUUCCUGGACUCCAACAUGUCGCUGGACGUUGUGUGGCAUGUCUACAGCAACAUGAUGAGCCCGGAGAUCGAGCAGUUUAGCAACUCAGUGCCAAAGUCGCCCAUAAGGGAGCUCCUCGAGCUGGAGCCGGAGACGGCCAAGUUCGGUAAGCCCGAGAAGCUGGCGGACGGGCGGCGGGUUCGCGUCACCGUGGAUGUCUUCUGCAAGGGCACCUUCCGGGGCAUCGGGCGCAACUAUCGCAUUGCCAAGUGCACCGCGGCCAAAUGCGCACUGCGCCAACUCAAAAAGCAGGGCUUGAUUGCCAAAAAAGACUAGAAAGUCGUCGCUGCAAUUGUGUUUCAUUAGGCUUUAACACUUAGAUUUAAGCAUAACUAUUUUGUAUAAAUCUUGAAUAUAUUGUAUUUGUCGAAUCGCUUUGUGAAA